ACUGCUGUCUGCCUGCAUGUGGCUUUGCACUUGGUUGGCUCUCCGGUCCUCUGGCCGCUGCUGUUUCUCAAUGCCAGACCCCAGGGAGUGACGACUUCCCAGCACAAAGCACUUGGCCUGUAGUUCUGCUUUCAUAUUGUCCUUUCUUUUUUUUUCUUUUUUUUUUUUCUGGCCUGCUGUCGAUGACCAUGUCGAACCCGUGCCCUGCUCUGUAGCCUUCCCGCCCUGAAAUCUCAAGCACAGGAAGCAUCUGGCCGUUCCUGUGCUCUAUGGGGAAUUCUUUUAGCGGAUUAUCUCCGUUUCAUUCUGCUUCAUUCUGGCACAAAGCCCUGAAAAAAGAAGUCAUUUGACUAUCACGGGCUCUGCAGACCCGCAUCACCCAUCUCUCUCCACUCCUGCAAUGCAAGCAAUUCCUCCAAUUUCUGCCCAGGCUGCAAACUGCUCUCUGUGGCUUAAAUGGACAUCAAAGUACGUCUCUCUGCUGGAACGGACGUCCCCGACUGGUCUGAUCCUUGGUGAACUAACUUCAAUGAAAGAGAAAAGAAGAGCCGUCCUCUGCUUUCUGUGAUUUGGUUCCUUUUAUUUAUGGCUCGCUCCCACACAGAAAAGCUAAAUUUUCAUGCUGACAUUGCUCCUCUCUAAAUCUUCCGGAACGUGGAAGGACAAGGAUCUGUCUUCGCUGAAGCCUCAGUGGGAGAGACUUGCCAGCACUGUGAAAAGGGGAAGGGAAAUACCCAACUUUGCCUUUUUUCAGCCUAUUUGGGGGAAACCAAGCUUCCCCCCGCCAUGGACGGAGGUAUCGGUGUGUCCAUCCUGAGCCCCAGGCGGUGACUGGCUGUGUCACCAGCGCCCCAUCCCUGUUGCCUUAGCUUCGGCCCACCUUGUGCUCCGCCAGCACACAGGGAUGGGUACCGUAAGGAAGAGGAACGUGAAGGUGUUCACAUUGGCCUUCGUGCUCAUCACCGUAACGUCGUUUCUGCUGAACUACAAGCACCAGGUGACCACGAACACCUGGGAUCCUAAACAUAUCAUCACGCAGUUUUCCGAGCACGUCCGGAAACUCAUCAAGUACCCCAGGAGGCCGUGCAGCUGUAACACGUGCAUUUCAGAGCUGGGACAUUCCCUCUGGUUUGACCAGAGGUUUAAUUCAACUAUGCAACCUUUCCUGACCUCACAAAAUGCCUUGAUCCCAGAAGACAGCUACAGGUGGUGGCUGAAACUGCAAGGAGAGAAAUCUCCAAAGAAUAUUAAUGACACUCUCAAGGAACUGUUUGGGAUCAUUCCUGCGGAUGGGGACCCGCUGCAGGAGCGAGGUACUUUAACGUGCAGACGGUGUGCUGUCGUGGGCAACUCUGGGAACCUUCGGCAGUCUCAGUAUGGCCAAGAGAUUGACUCCCAUGACUUUGUGCUCAGAAUGAACCGUGCACCUACCGUUGGCUACGAGUCAGAUGUCGGGAGCAAGACCACUCACCACUUUGUUUACCCUGAGAGCUACAAAGAGCUGGCAGAAAACGUGAGCAUGAUCCUGAUCCCCUUCAAAACCCUGGACCUGCGCUGGAUUGUCACCGCGCUCACCACAGGCACUAUCAACUUCACGUAUGUUCCAGUUCCACGGAAAAUCAAAGUCAAAAAAGAAAAGAUCCUGGUUUACAAUCCAUCUUUUAUGAAAUAUGUCUAUGAAAACUGGCUCCAGAAUCAUGGGAGAUACCCUUCCACAGGCCUUCUUUCUGUAAUAUUUGCACUCCACGUAUGUGACGAGGUGAAUGUGUACGGUUUUGGAGCAGACAGCAAAGGACACUGGCAUCACUACUGGGAAAACAACGCUUUAGCUGGGGCUUUCCGGCAGACAGGUGUCCAUGACGGGGAUUUUGAGUUCAAUAUAACUUUGACUCUUGCCUCCAUUGAAAAAAUAAAAUUUUUCAAGGGCAGAUGACCCUGGCCACAGGGACAAGUAGGGGCUGCAAUUUCCAACAUGCAGCAGAACAAAGCUCAGUGAAGAUGAUCUGGAUGCCAGCUGGGUUUGAAAGUGUGAAUCUGUGGUGGAUCCGGAGCGUCUCGCUGCUGCAAUGCUGACUGCAGGGAGCUCGGCCAAGGACCAGCUUCCACGCUGCACUUGAUUUCCUAUCUACAGAUAGCUGGGAACUACCAGUCAGUUGUGGGAAUAGAUGACAUGCUGAAUCACUGCUUAGGCUCUACGACUUCGUUCCUGAAUUACUGAUGAAAGACCUGCCUGUUGCAAUUAGGAGAAACCUGGGCACACGGACUGCUGUUUGUGUGCCCAUUCCUUCCUUGAGUAAAGCAGGAAAUCCUUGAAGAACAGUGAAAACGUCUUCUGGGAUUUGACACCCACUAGGGUAGCUCUGAACAUCACAGUAAGGAUUACCUCAAAGAAAUUAAUUCACUUCUGCUGUUAAUCUUCUUUUUGAACCAUCUCCUUGGUUUCCUCUGUUACUUCUGGUUUCAUGCCCUAUUAAGCAAAAAUGCGAUGAAGUUGCCUGGAGUAGUAACUAUUUCUACCAUUGCCUCAUUCUGCAUUGAUGGCAUCCAGAAAAUAUGGAUCAAAUCACCUGUGAUCAUGUAUUGUUUGUUAUUGCUUCCUACACAGCCAUAAUAAGAGAAAAAAAAAUACUGAAAAUUCCAGAAAAAAAAAAAAAAAAAGAAAAAGAAAAAAAAAGAAAAAAAGGCCUUUUUAGCCACUUCUUGUCUUGUUUGGUUAUAUAUAGCUUUUCAUUUUUUAUUUUUUGGUCAAAAUUACUCCAGAAUGCUUAUUUUUAUUUAAUCAGUUUAAGGUUGGAAAGUGGACUAUUUUUUCUUUCAGUCGUUUACAUGUGCCUUUUAUAGUUGUGCAACAGAUGUGAUUUUUUUUAAAGGUGACAAACCCUAAACUAUUUUAUUUUUAUUUUUUUUUAUAAGGGGGGAGAGGGGGAUUAACCAAAGUGUAGCCUCCAUAUGGUAUACUUUUGUAGUCAAAACUAAGAAUAACAGCUCCUAUAUUGUAUUUGAGCAAACACAAACAAGGCUAAUUUUUGAAGGUAGCUUUUACCUUUUUUUUUAUGGGAAAAUAUCCAAAUGUUCCAAGGAAACUUUUCCUCUUAUUUUUUUACGAAUUUAGAAAGUGUUAUCUCUUUACAGUGUCUCUAUUUGAAAUGGAAGAAAUAUCAUGGGUUGAAAUAUAAGAUAGUGAUGCAAUAGUGAUGAAUCUUUUGCACAGUAGCAGCAUCUAUGAAGACACAAUCUACGCAAGCUUAGCCUACAGUGUAAGCCUUUAAGCUGUGCACAGCUCUGGAAGAAUGAGUGUAUUAUUGUCAGUACUUCAGGGCAGUGAGAGAAGGGAAGUGACAGUGGAGAUUUUACAUCCACAGAUUUUGCUGGAAUCGAUAUAUUUAAUCCUCGAGGGAGAGAAAUUAUGAAAUGAAGAACAAAAUUCAGGUAGUGAAGAGUGUGAAACAGUGGUUUUUGCUUCCCAAUAUUGUGAAAAUAGGAUUCAUGGAUUAUUGACCAAUUUUCAGCUCUGGUGAAGCCAGAGUUCUUGCCACAGACUUCAAGGGACUUUAGAUCAGGCCUGGGAAAAAAAAUGGCAUAUUUCAUUUUUAACGGAUUACGGUGAUUGGGGUUUGUGGUAAUUUACAAACCAUCAUCUAAAUGACCCGUCUUUCAUGCACCAGUUGGGACGUCAUGUCCAAGCAGAUGGGUAUUUUGAUGUGAGCUCAGUGAAAGCCUAGCCCUUCAACCAGUAGUAUGCUUCAGUCCAAGAUUUGUCCUGUUGUCCAGUUGUUAAUAGUGAGCUCCCCUCCAAGACAGCAAUUCGUGGCAGAAUGAUGCAAUCAGCUGGAAUAUACCUGUUUGACCAAAUGGACUGCUUUACCCACACGAAUAUUAUUGGACUCAGAGCAUAAAAAGAGCCAAGGAUGCCAAAUGUCUGUGUGAGGAACUGAACUCUCUUUGAUGUACACAUGUAAUCCUUCAGUUUAGCAAUAUGGAAAGAGCGGCAUUUUCAAAUCUUCAUGACGAAACCAGUUCAUGUCAAGAAGCCCUUUCCCAGCACGGUGGCCAUCAGAACUACCCACCUGCAUGCCACAGGUGGAGCAAAUUCAACGGGCUUACUGUCUUCUAAAAGCCCUUUGUAAAAAAAAAAAAAAAAAAAAAAAAGUAACAUUUCUACCUGAACCAUGUUUGUUUGUUUCUUUUAAGCAUUCCCACUGUUUAAAUUGUUGCUACUCAAUAUGUUUCUAGCAAGAUGUCAUGCUAAUAUGACUCAAGGAAAGCAACUUUAAGAGGAAAAAAUUUCCAGGGAAGAAUCCAACAGUAUCUUCACCCUGUGACUGGAUUUUGGAGAUACUUUUUUGCAUCAUGAGCUUCAAAUAUUUUAAUUUCUUUUCUUAUAGAUGGAUGCCAGUAACAGGAACAUUUCAUUGCUAUUUCAGUCAUUUUUAGAAAGAUGUGGAAGAACACUCAUGGCGUUUUGAUACCCAUUUCCUGUUGAUUUUUUGUUACAGGUGGCAGCUUGCGAUCAAGGAAAAUGUUAUAAAAAUCAGUUAUCUUCUAGAGUGUGUUGUUUUGAAAGUUUCCUGUUGCUGUCCAAAUUAAAUUUCCAGUUUUUCCCUGGAUAUUCUGCCUCUGACAGCACAUGCAAAACAUCUUGGCUCAUACUAUUCUGGAUAGAUUUAGUGUCUUCAUCGUGGGACAAGCUGCAAUUUCCAUUUUUCUUGCCAACAGCAAGUAGUAACUGUGUAACACUGAUGUCCAUUUUUUCAGAGCAGGAGGACAGCAGAGGGUGGACCUUUCUAGCUCUAGGAUGAGGGGUAGUCUGCACCAUCACAUUUCCAAGGAACUGUUCCUAGAGUCCUUUAGGUGACUGACUGCUGAUGAUUCAAAUGCCUUCAGAAUAAGGAGGUACCAAAAGAUGAUGCUGGAGGAAGAAUUCACUCCCACUGCCAGUGUUGAAGACUGUCUGUCUUCCUGCUAUAAACUUUGUUGUUCUAUUUUGCUUGAAAAAGCAACAAAGGAAAACAUUUAGCAACAUGUCAAAGCUUCAAACUUUUGAACUGUGUUUGCCACCCCUGAAGUCUCUGGAGCACUCCUUGAGUGUCUGUUGUGUUUUUAACCAAAGCCAAAUUUCUUGAGCACUUUUUUUUUCCCAUGAACAGAUUUUCUUCCUAUUUUUCUUUGACUACAUGAUUGAUUAUGAUAAUCACUUUUUGUUGUUUUGGUUUGGUUUGUUUUCUGCGAUGGUGUGGAGUCUCACUCAAUCAUUCUUUGACAUUUUAUUUAUUUAAAUUUUCAGUAUGAUAUGAAUCAAAAUAAAUUUUUUAUUGUAAUCAAAUCAAA